GUCUGGGUUAGUUUAGUGCAGUUAACACUUAGCUACCAUCAGAGUUGGUCAGAGUACAGAUACGCUUCUUUAAGAUUUCAUUAGACUGAACUCUAAAACCAACAACAACACAAAAUGCUACAGAGGGCAGCCUCAAAUGUUUCAGACAAACCAAAGCUCAGUAAACCAAAGCGCUCCACUAGUUUUGGGCGAUUUGAGGGCAUCAGACAACCAUCACCAGCCAGACUAGAGGAAAAUGGAACAACAGUGGCAGAGGAGUCUGGAUGUGAGAGUUCUGAUCAGACCAAACAAGGCAGCCUGGGGAAGAAGAUGAAGGCCAUCUCUCUGACCAUGCGCAGGAAGAUGGGCAAGAAGCACUCCAAAAUCUUCUCUGAGGAAGCUGGUGAAGACACUGACAGAGACCUAGAAGAGGAAACAGAGUGCAGUCCUCUAGAGAAAGGCUCUGAAAAGACCAACAACUCUCUGGAGAGCCUGUACAGCAGACAGAGUUCCUCCAGCUCAGGUAGUGUGGCCUGCCUCUCAAAUGGCUCCAGUACCAGAGACAGUCUGAGACUAGAAGAGGACGGCUCCUACAAUGGACACUUCUGUGGUAGAGCACGGGUCCACACAGACUUUGUUCCCAGCCCAUAUGACACUGACUCCCUCAAACUCAAGGUUGGAGACAUUAUCAGCAUCAUCAGUAAACCUCCCAUGGGCAUAUGGACAGGGAUGCUGAACUACAAAGUGGGCAACUUCAAGUUCAUCUACGUUGACAUGCUCAUGGAGAAAGAGAGAGAGGAGGAGGCGCCAAAAAUCAGACCUCAGAGGAUGAGCAAGAGACCACGACCAAAGACACUACUGGAACUACUGGAGCGUCUUCAUCUAGAGGAGUAUGCAUCUGCACUGCUUCUGAAUGGCUACCAGACAGUAGAGGACCUGAGGCACCUGCAGGAGAAACACCUUAUAGAGCUGAAUGUGACGAAUCCAGAACACAGAGGCAGGCUGCUGGCUGCUGCAGACUGCAGAUAUACAGAGAGCGAUGAUGUGAGGGAGAGUGAGGAGCCCUCUUCAUCACACAGCCUGAAGGAGGAGAAGAGUGACUGUCCCAGAGACUCAGGCUGCUUCAUUCCAUCAGAGUGCUCUGAAAACAGCAAAGAAGACACAGAGAGCCAACCAGUCACACGCUGAUAGGCUGCACUAUCCUAAUUAACAUACCAGUAUAAAAAGUUUAUUAACUAUUACGUUUUGACUUGUAAAUUACGAUGGCUCACCAAGUUUGUCUCGUCUGUAUUUGGUUUAACAAGGUGCGAUUUCAUUAAUUAAAUGUUAAAUAUAGGCAAUUUUUCUUAAAACCGAUGAAUUUGUUCCUCCUGAUAAGCAUCCAUUUAUGAACCUUUUUGUUGAACCUAUUAAUUCACAUAAAGCACAGGGAUCAUUCUAUGGAGAGCUGCAGGUUCUCGCUCCUCCCUUGCACUUGAUUGAUGAAUUAAGGUUACUAAUUAGUAAGGAACUCACCUCACCUGGUUGUCUAGGGCUUAAUUGAAAGGGAAAAAACAAAACCUUGCAGUCACUAGGGCCUCCAUGGAAUGAGUUUGACACACCUGACAAAAUAUUUCUGACAAAUGAUAUCUUGCUUUUUUUGUGUAUUGUGCUGGAAACUAUGACGUGUGUUUGGUUUUACUAUCAUUGUGGGGACCAGAAGGAGGCUAUUUUAGGUUUAGGGGAUUAGGGUUAGAAGCUUGGGGUUAAGGUUUAAGGUUAGGGGUUUGGAAAAAUAUGAUUUUUAAUGGGAAUGAAUUGUUUGGUCCCAACAAGGAUAGUAAAACAAACGUGUGUGUGUGUGUGAGUGAGUGGGCAGGAGUUUGUACAUACAUUUUUUAACAUUCCUGGUUUAACAAAAUGUACAGACUUGUAGAACUCAAUAUACUGUAAUUGCAAUAUGUCAGACAUUAAUAAAGUAUUUAUGCAUCAAGA